AUGGGCAAAUCUCCAGCUUCGAAGGCUGCCUCGGCUAAUACAAAAAAGCUGGGCGUGGCUAAGUCCAAGGCUUCCUUUGUAGGAAAAAAAGCGAUGAAAAAACGACUGGAAAUUGACUUGGAACAGCCCAAAGACAGAGAUCCUGUCAAUUCCAAUGAUGUUGACAUCAAGCAAAUCGCCAAUGGUCACGACGCUCUACGAACGGCCGACAAAUUCGAGGCACAACGAAUCGCCGAGCGAGAGUCGCGGCGUAGAGAGGACUACAAUAAACUGGUUCCUAAAUUAUCUGAGUGGUGGUCAAAGAAAUUGUACUGCGAUGAAGCAGUCAAUCAAGCAAUGCAAAGAAUGGAUCGCAUUCAAACAGGCAACGCCUUAUUUGCAGCCUGGGAUGAUCGAUAUCCAGGCGCUUGGAAUCAACCUUGUUUGCGAUUUGAUGCCCUGUUCAACGACUAUGCCGGCACAUCAACAUGCAACGAUCGAUUUCUUCAGA